CUUCCUCCAUCACUCCGCACCCGCCGGCGGAGCACCCGGGGUGGCAGCGCUGCGCGCCCAGUCCUACCCGGUUGCGGCGAGGCGGCCCUCGGCGCGCUCCGGUCCCACUGCGCACGCUUUGCGACCCGGCUGCCCGCAUGGACACGGCGCUGAAACGGAGCCGCUCUGAGGAGCCGGUGGAGCUCCCGCCGCCCGCCCGGGAGGCGGAGGAGAAAGAGGAGGAGGAAGAGAGGAUGGAACAGGGCCUGGAGGAGGAGGAAGAGGUGGACCCCCGGAUCCAGGGAGAACUGGAGAAGUUAAAUCAAUCCACGGAUGACAUCAACAGACGGGAGACUGAACUUGAGGAUGCACGCCAGAAAUUCCGGUCUGUCCUGGUUGAGGCGACGGUGAAACUGGACGAGCUGGCGAAGAAAAUCGGCAAGGCUGUAGAGGACUCGAAGCCCUACUGGGAGGCCCGCAGGGUGGCAAGGCAGGCUCAGCUAGAAGCGCAGAAAGCCACACAGGACUUCCAGAGGGCCACUGAGGUGCUCCGUGCAGCCAAGGAGACGAUCUCCCUGGCCGAGCAGCGGCUGCUGGAGGAUGACAAGCGCCAGUUUGACUCUGCUUGGCAGGAAAUGCUGAAUCACGCUACUCAGAGGGUCAUGGAGGCCGAGCAGACCAAGACACGGAGCGAGCUGGUGCACAAGGAGACAGCGGCCAGGUACAACGCCGCCAUGGGCCGCAUGCGGCAGCUGGAGAAGAAACUCAAGCGAGCCAUCAACAAGUCCAAGCCUUAUUUUGAGCUAAAGGCCAAGUACUACGUGCAGCUCGAGCAACUGAAGAAGACAGUGGAUGACCUUCAGGCCAAGCUGGCCCUGGCGAAAGGCGAGUAUAAGGCAGCCCUGAAGAGCCUGGAGAGGAUCUCGGAUGAGAUACACGAGCGGCGGCGCUCCAAUGCCAUGGGGCCUCGGGGCUGUGGCGUGGGGGCAGAGGGCAGCAUCACCUCAGUGGAGAACCUGCCUGCAAGCAAGCCCGAGCCUGAUGCCAUUUCUGUGGCUUCAGAAGCCUUUGAAGAUGACAACUGCGGCAACUUGGUGUCUGAAGACGACUCGGAAACCCAGUCUGUGUCCAGCUUUAGUUCAGGACCAACAAGUCCAUCUGAAAUGCCUGACCAGUUCCCUGCAGUGGCAAGGCCCGGCAGCCUGGAUCUGCCCAGCCCUGUGUCCCUGUCAGAAUUCGGGAUGAUGUUCCCAAUACUGGGUCCUCGAAGUGAAUGCAGCGGGGCCUCCUCCCCUGAGUGUGAGGUGGAACGAGGAGACAGAGCAGAAGGGGCCGAGAAUAAAAUGAGUGACAAAGCCAACAACAACCGCGUUCUCAGCAGCACCAGCGCUGGUGGUGGCAGGAGCAGGAGCCAAAGCAGCACAUCCCUCGAGGGUCAGGCCUUGGAAACCCGUAUGAAGCAGCUCUCCCUACAGUGCUCAAAAGGAAGAGAAGGAAUUAUUGCUGACAUAAAAACGGUGCAGAUUGGCUGAUCCACCCGGGGCUGUGGCCCAUGUGCAGCUCGUAUUUAUACACGAAGUCCACGAACAUUGUGCCAAUAAUCAUUUAACAUAAGCCAAAUAGUACGCACUUACUCUAGACCACACUAACAAGUUUCAGUGACCUUGAGGGCCAAGCAAUGUCCCUCUGGUAAGAGCUCUUGGGCUGGUGUGUUUUUCAGAGCAGAGCCACUGCAGGUAAACUGUGCCCAGGGCCACGGCCUUGGCAGAGCCUUCCCUGUGGAAGCAAUAACUAGUUUCUGUGAGAGAACCUGAGCCGGGAGAGCCGGGCGUGUAGCCAGACUGGGUCACAGCCUGCAUCUCUAUCCCUGUGUCCCCUCCACCUGGGGAAACUGAGAUGAUCUCGACAUCACAUCACAGGGCACCAAAAUCAUUUAAAAACUCACAUAAACAAAAACUCAAGUGUUCCGAACACAUUGUAACAACAAUGCCAGGGACACAGUUCACUAUCAUCGCCUCUGGUGCUCAGAGGGGUUAAGGAGCAUGUCUUCUAGGAAACCGUUGAACCAUUUCCUAGGGAAGCCACCAUGAACUGCACUUUUUGGGGUGGGAACAGUGAAUGCCAAUGUGGGAAUGGGGAAUGAAGUAGCGGGGACGUAGAUAGCAUAGACAGGAUCUGUGGCUGGGGGCGGUUUUAUAGCCUGCCCUUAGCCUGCCCGCCAAGGGGCUUUAUUCUAAGAGACGUGCAUGUGAGGAAUGGCUACCACGGCUCUAUCUAGAUUGACAAGGAGUUCAUUUCUCUGUAGACUGUAAUUUCUACAAUAACAGAUUAUUUAAGGUUUAUGCUGCACCUAGAAUUCCUUAGAGGAAACUGUCCUUGAAGCUAGGAAAGGGAGUGGGCAUGGUUGGUAAAUAGAAGCAAUGGAUCUGUUAUGCUAAUAGUAGUGUCUAGACUUAGUGUUUCUGGUUAUGCAUAUUUAGAGCACUGUAUUUUAUGUGUCUUGUUUUAUUAAUCUACCGUUUCUGGAAAAAAAAAAAAAACCAACCCGUUCAAACUGCCUGUUAAUGUUAGCCAUGUAUGUAUACCUCUCUCUUCAUACACGAGUGUUUCUCUUUUUUAUUGAUGGACACAGUAUCCUUAUUACAAGGUUAUUUUGUACUUGUUUUAUUACCUGGAGUGUAAUAAAAACUAAGAAGACUUUGUGACUUCCGAUGAGAAAGCCCA